GUGCACAUUUGUGUGAGCGUGUGUGUGUGUGUGCGGUAGCUUUAAACGGGGGAAUCUGGACACCCUCUCUGAAAUUGAAUAGGACCCUCUGCAGGCAGGCCGUGUUUUCAGCCGCUCUCAAUGUGCUUUUUACCAAAUGGAAGCAGAGGUGUUGAACCCCCAGAUGAUGGCAGACGUGAAUGGCAACAAUAAAAUCACGAACGCGGAGCUGGAGGUGUUAAAGCUGCAGGAAUUGGUCCGAAAAUUGGAGAAGCAAAACGAACAAUUGCGGACACGAGCGAACGCUGUAAACAAUUGCUCCAUCGGCCCCCAUCUCCAGACCUCGUUGUCCUGUCUGCACGGAGGUACGACGCGUCCGGGGGAUAAUUUCUUCAGCAAAUAUGACAUUUCCAGCCCGACAGAGUGUCUCCCCUCACCCCGGGGACCAGCGGAGGAGCCGUUCGCCUAUUUUCAGCCGAGCUCGGCGUCUCCUGAUGCCGCCGUGGAGGACAGCGGCGCCGCCGGAGGACGCACAACUGUUUUGGAUGAGGUUGAUAUUUUGGACCUCAACACCGUGCUCCCCGUUAGAGAGCCUGAUAGCUGGCUGUACGUGAGUCCCAGAGCUAUGCUGAAAGGCGAAAGCAUCCUCAGCCCUCUCCAGUGGUGCAGGCAGGUACUGGACCACCCAGGGCCGGAGGUGGAGCUGGCUAAAAUGAACCUCUUUCACAGACUGGACCAAGCCAAGCGGUGGCGAGGAGUCUCCUCCGUCCGUCCGUACAGCUGCAUUGAGGGGCUCUCCACCCUCAGCUGCCCCGUCCUGCCUUACACUAAACCUGCUGCACUAACCGAGUCCCCAGCCCCAUUGCCAUCAUCCGGCCAGUCUUUCCUCCAGCCGUCUCUCCCUCUCAGGGCCAGCUGCACCCUCAGCGACAGAGCGCCCACCUUCUUGUCAAAUCCCACUCUCCACAGUGCGGGUCAACGUCGUGCAGCAAUCACCCCACAGUCUUCCCUGGACAGCGAGGCGGGUGUGGCAGAGCUGGAGGAUGACUCCAUCUCUAUGAGCUACAAACUGCAAGACAUGACCGAUGUGGAGGUCAUGGCACGACUUCAGGAGGAGAGUCUCCGGCAGGACUACGCCUCUACCUCAGCUACAGCCAGCCGUCGCAGCUCCAGCUUCUCCUUGCACUCCAUCCGACGCAGUGAGAUGGAUCUGGAGGAGGAGGAUGAGGAGGACGAGGGGUACGACCAGCUCCCGCCUCCCCAGCCUCGUCUUUUCCGCACAGGUUCUAUGCAGCGGGGUGGCCUGCCGCACUCUCACACCUUCUCCAGUAUCAGAGACUGCAGACGCAGCUCAGCCACCCCUCAGUUUUCUCUCAGUGGACUCUCCCAGUACUCUGGACCCUCCAGCCUGAUCGCAGAAACACAUAUGGCAUACAGGAAUAGCACAGACAAGCUACGGAGAAGCAUGCCCAACCUGAUCCGAGCUCCCAGCAUGCCUAGUGUUCCCAGUGUUCCAUGCUUGGCUUCCCCCGUCAACCCACUCUCCCACGGCCCCUCCUCCUUACCAAUGAUGCCCUCCCUCCGGACCAGCCACAGCUUUGACUCGUCCAAUGGGCUCGCACGUCUCCAGUCCUCCAUUCCCUCACCGGGGCAGCUCAGUCAGCGAGUCCAGAGCGUCGGGAACUUUCCUACGACUCCACGACACCCAAUAAAAGCCACCGCCUACGUCAGCCCCACAGUGCAGCAGGGUCCCACCUCCACCCCUCUGUCCACCUCCACCAGCCUACACUCCAUUCCCAGCAGUGCUGCGCUGCCUCAGCCCCUCAAACCCAGCAGCAGCUUGCUACCACAGGCCCUAAAAGCCAGCACCAACCAGUCAGUCGCCCCCCGCAGUUCCCUUCCUCGCCCGGCCUCCUUUGUGGGAUUGAGCGGAGUCCCGCGUCCAAGUAAAAUCACCCAACCCACACGCAGUUUGCUGACGCCUCCAAAGAGCCUGGCUGCUCUGAGUGCCCUGAGGGACGGUAGCUGGAAAGAUGGCUGCUACUGAAGCCAAACAAAAGAAGUUUGGGACGUGCACAAAGAAAAGCUGCAUGGGAGCCAACUGAUUUAAAAUAUUGCUGUCAGGAGGUCCCAGACUUGGGCUGUGGACAAAUGAAGAGAGACUGUUAACGUGACUAAAAAGCACUAUUCCUCAUUGACAGAGAACAGUACGGGUCCAGCCGGCUGGAUCUUACUGCCUGCUGAAACACUGACAAACUACCAGGCAAUACUCUGAUAAUCUGUUGUUAAAUGUGAAAUGGAUUUUGUUUUUUUGUUUUUUUUGUUUUGUUGGGGUGGGGAGGGGGGGUUAUCAUUGUGGAUGUUUAAUUAAUGCUUUCAUUGAGUACAGUUCAAAUUUCUCUCCAGCUGGAAGUUUAGAAAAAUAGCCCAUGCUUUUGUACAUGCUUUUAAUGAUUUCAUACGACUAAUUUUGCGAAUAUUAUCUUUUUGUUUUAUGUCAAACUGUGCUGUCAGAUAUGAAAGUGAACCUGAUUUCGUUUGUUACUUCCUGUGCCUGUAGUGUGAUUCAUCUUAGUUAUAUUUAUUGGCUGGACCUCGCAGCACUUUGGACCAGAAUUAUAACACAAUAAAAUAAAUUAUCUGCUUUGAUUCUUAAGUAACGUAUGACAUUAGUUAAUGUCAUUGUGCACACUUUUAUCUUUGCCUAGUUUCUUUUCCUUUAUGGUUUACAUUCAACUUUUAACGUCCUUUGAUAAACAUGAACGCUGCAGUGAUAUUGCACAUAGAGCCCUGAUGCUUUUUAUGGGUGAUGAGAUGUUAAAGAGGAGGUGAAUUUUUAAAGUGAAUAAAAAGCAUUUCCAAAACA